UGGGCCCACUUGAACAGGUGACAUUAGAAACGAGCAAGUCAGAUGCCUCCAUCUCCUGCAUCAUCCCAAGCAUUGCUGUGCURAAGAUGGCACUUGAGACAGAGGGUCCCAAAACAAAGGGAAUCAAAACUGUCCAGGAUACAAUGCUGAAAAGCUUACAGACACGUUUCAAAAAUGCUGAGAAGACCAAAUGUUUGGUGCUGGCGACACUUCUGGAUCCUCGGUAUAAGRGGCAUGCCUUAGCACAGGGUACACUAAGCAAUGCAAAAGAAUGGACAAAAGAAGAAGUUAGGAAACCAGCUGAGGCUGAAAACAGGACCUCCUUGGAAGAUGAAAUCCUAGGUCAGAAACGCAUAAGGGUGGAAGAAGAGGAGGAACCUUGUCCAACUGGCCUGAUUGACGAAAUGUAUGCAAACCUUUUGGGGGCUCAUGGUCAAACCUCUGAAGAGAUUGAUGAAGAGCAGCAAAUCUCUCAGCAGCUGGACCAGUACCAACAGGAGCCACUGAUUGACAGACAGACUGGUCAGCCACUGCAAUGGUGGAAACAAAAUGCAACUCGCCUGCACCUUCUGGCACCACUGGCAAUAAAGUUCCUCUCUCCACCUCCUUCUUCUGUUCACAGUGAGAGGGUGUUCAGUGAGAUUGGCCACAUUUACGAUAAAAGGAGGAACAGGCUCACUGGAGAAAAUGCUGAGCGUCUCCGUUUUCUGCAUUACAACCUGCAGUUCUUAAACUGGGACUAUUAAGAAUCUUUUGUGAAAAGUUGGUAGGGUAAAAAAACCACUCAGGUUCAGAUUGUUCACAUUUCUUUUAAUUUAUUUUUGUUAUAUUGCUGUUUACAAAUGUUCUCAGGAAGGACAUCUGCACUACAAGUACCUGGUGUAAAAAAACAUUAAGGUUCAGUUGGUUCUCAUUUCUUUAAAUAAAUAUUUUUGUUACUUUGCUGUUUACAAAUGUUCCAAAUUUUCUCAUGAAGGACAUCUGCACUGAGGCCUCAUGCUGCUACAUAAAGAGCACACAUAUAUACUUAUAUAUAUACAU